UCCAGUCUUACACAUCACCCCCCCAAUCCCUCCCUCGCUGCCAAAUGCACCUGUCCUCGCCGCGCCACGGACCCUCUGCUGCGAUAGCAAAUUUGGCCGUCCAACGGGCGACUGCCGCGUGCUGGCGAGUGUCAUUUCAGCGCUGACCGCCAUUGCUCGGUUACCGUGCGACUGCGUGCCUCGACUUGACCCGGACACCCAGUGCACCCAGCGCGCGCAGCAUGACAACGCUGCUCCGAGCGCGCCUGUCACCUGAAGUAAACGAUCCGCAGCCGACAUGACCUCGCCCGCUGCUGCUUCGCUGGACGCGCCGUUCCAGAGCAUCACAGGCGCGGAAGAAGUUGCUGAGCCGGCGUCGUCAUCGUCCACCACGCCGACGCCCACCACGGCCGCCUCGACGCGCGACAGCUCGACGUCCAGCCAAGCCUCGGUCGUGCAUGCCCCGCCGCCUGGCGUGCAGAGCAGCCCCGCGACCCAGCUGCCCUCGAUGCGCCGCCAAUCCCUCGCGCGCGACCGCUCGCUGAAUGCGUCCGCGUCGCCGUCGCCCGCCAACUCAGCCCUCAAUUCGCGCGAUGCCUCGCCCGCCCGCAGCCAGCGCCCGUCCAAUCCGCCGCCAGGCCCCAGUGCCCGCUCGCAGUCGCAGCUGCGCUCGCGCAAGAGCAGCGCCGACGUGAGUCCCAGCCGCGCGCCCGCCACCAGCUCGCCCGGCCUGUCUGCCGCCGCCAUCCAGCGCGCCCUCUCGUCCGCCAGCAUCCCGCAGCUGCCGCCCACCGUCGCCGCCGACGUCGCCCGGGCCCCUCGCCCGCUCAAGUCGCCCUCGGCCGCCGUCUCCGGCGACAGCACGCCCCACUGGCCCGUCUCGCCGCGCAUCAAGUCGCCGCCGCCGCCCGACGCCCGCUCGCACUCGCGCUCGCGCCGCAACUCGCUCCGCACCCAGGCCAAGAAGCCCGACCUUGCCUCGACGCCCUCGAUCGUCGUGCAGCACUCGUCGCCGUCGCCCGCGCCCGUCGCCCGCGUGCCCGUCAAGGAGGACGUUGCCACGCCCGGCGAGGAGGACAUGCCUGUCAUGAGCAUGAAGGCCCCGUCCCGCGGCGCGAGCGGCGCCGCGCCCAAGCUGGAGACCGUGCAGGAGUCCAGUCUGCCUGCAACACCGGGCUUUGACGGCGUGGAGCCGCAUAGCUUCGCGCCCACAGCAACCACCUCCACAGCAUCGACAACACCCAGGAAGGCCGACGAAGAUCGAAAUGACGUCAGCUCGUCAAAAGUUACCGAAGACCUCAGCAGCCGACCAAUCAUGUACGCCAACACCGGCAGCGGCAGCGACAGCGGCACCAAGAAUGGCGGCAAGGGCAAGAUGCAGGAGCAACGGUCGUCGUCCACCCACCGGGUGAGCAGCCACGUCUCCACCAAACCCUCGUUGACGUCGCUGUCGUCCCGCGCCCGCGACCCACCCCUGCGCAACAUGACGGUCGAGACCGAAACUGUCCCGUCGAUAGCACAGGCCACCAUCAGCAACCAGGAUCGCUCCGUGUCAGGCCGUGUCGACGGCAGUCUGCGAUUGAAACCCAGCAACGAGACAAUACGGCCCAAGAAAGAGAGGCGGCCCCCGAAGCGAAAGGCGCCGUCAAUACACUCCGGCACCGGUAGGUCUUCGCAGCUCCCCUAUCACUACCAAAUCCCCAGCAGGCCCGGCAUGAUGUCACUCCGCUCCUACGACGACCGGCGAUCGAUAGCGACCAUGUCACCGCCUGCCAGCCCAGAGAUGACCGUGUCUGCUUAUGCUCCGUCGUUCAGCUAUUUUUACUCCAAUACUAACUCAACUUCCCGCAAAGCUUCAUCAAAAGCAGAUGUCUUUGAACAGAAGGUCGCCAGCGCUGUCGACGAAGCCAACUCUUCCGACUCGGAUGCUACUUUCAUUUACGACCGGGGCGGUCACCAUUCAAGGACACCAAGCAUGACGUCGAUUGCGAGUCUCGCUGAUCCACGCCUUGCCAUCCGCAACGAGCAUAAGAACCCCGGCAAGAAGAGCAGCAUGAAGUUCACGAACCCUUACACCAACCCGAACCUGGACCUCGACGGCCUGGAGCGUGGUGAGGGCACAAUACGAUUGGGAUCUGGUCGCGCUGGCACAGGCAGCCACCACCACCACAUCGGAAGACAUGGACAAGGCCGUGGCGCUCUCGGGCACAUCUUACUCAGCGACGACGCUGCUUCAAUGUCACAAGGCUCACGUGGCCGCGGCCCAUCUUCCCGACACCCAUCGCAGCCGAACAGUCCUCGAUUCCACAAUUUCUCCAUUCAGAACGGUAUCGUCGCUAGCAACCACAAGUAUGGGGAGUUGUCAACAUACGACAUCGAUGCGGGCAUUGUGGCUGACGACGAACGCACGCCGCUCAUCCCAUCAGCCCGAAGCCCUCGCAUUCGGACACCACGCCGCAGAGACAGCGUAACGUUCAGCAGCCUUCAACGCCAACUAGAUCGCAGACAGCGUAACGAAGGAGGAUGGUGUCGUCGAUUUGCCGGAUGCCUAGUUCUGUCCAUUCUGCUACUAGUUGUUAUCUUCAGCUCCGUGGGGCUGGUGUUUGCAACUACUAAGCCUCUCGACAAUGUCAACAUUCGCCAGAUCCGGAAUGUGGUUGCUAGCCAAGAAGAGUUGAUCUUGGAUUUGGUCGUCGAUGCUAUAAAUCCAAACAUCAUCGGCGUCACAAUUACCGACAUGGACGUCAGCAUCUUCGCGAAAAGCAAGCACGUUGGCUCAGACCAGUGGUGGCACCAACACGGCAACGGUCCGAAACACAACAAUGAGGAGGACUGGCAGAAUAUUGACGUCGACGUCGCUGAAGCAUCCGGCAAAACGCGCGACGGCGUAGACGAAGGCACGGAUCCUAUCGCAGAUCCAGACGUUGGCGAGCCUCGUACCAUGUUGCUUGGCCGCAUCGACCACUUUGACUCUCCUCUCAAUUUUGAUGGCUCAUACUGGCAUCGACAUAAUGCUACGUCGGUCGGCGAAAUUCGCCUGACACACCCUGGGAGCAAAACCGAGGCUGGCGGAACAGAAAGAUGGGAAGAAGUCUCGAAAUAUCCCUUCCAAUUGCUUGUGCGUGGUAAUUUCAAGUACCAGCUCCCACUCAGUACACGAGAACUCAAAGUCAUAGUCGGCGCGGACUACCAUUAUGAUCCGGACGCCGAGAAGAGGAGGUUGACUACAAGUGCUGCCCCACCCAUGUCACCGGGAAGAUACGACCGCAGAACGAAUCCCGUCACUCUUUAUCGGUAG